CUGUUGCUUGAUUCUUCAUUUGUGAAAAUCUGUGUUUAUUACCUCUGGACACGUUGCAUAUAUUAGCUAUGACUGUUUGAUAGGAGUUUUUGUUCAGGAAGCUUGUGCUUGACAUGUUGCUUAUAUAGCUCAUGAUGGAUAUAGAAGUACAGAAGAAGGGCUUGUAGUGGGUAUUAGUCCUCCCACAUUCAAACAUUUUUUUCCGUGAAUAACACAUGAAUUUACUCAUCAAAAAGUUGCUCCCCAAUGCAGUCUAAAUUGUAACAAAGAAGAACGACAGUCGUAAUGGGAAGAAAAGAUGUGCAGUUGGAUGCUUGGGAACUAGUGCUUUUUGCUCUGUUUCGGGCCAUCCUGGAGACAAUUGUCCGAGAUAUCUCCGCCUGAUAUAUACCUUAUAUAUUCCGCUUUGCUCGUCUUCUAGCUCCUUGGACACGAGUUUCCCAUCUGUGUAAGCUGCAACUCAUCAAACGCGGGAGCGGGAGAAAUUCGACCAAGCAAAACACCGAAUUCUUCAGUUCUAAACUGAAUGAAGAGAAUCAUCCAAUCUAGUUCGCCCACCUAUCGUCUGGUUGGAGAUUGGCUCCAUUCGAGCUUUCGCGGGUUGAUUUGAAUUGGUCGUGACCAGUGAAGCGAAUGCGGUCGCUCCUAAAUGGGUGGUUACAGGGGCGUGAAAAACUGUGAUAGCGAAAGGUGAUUCCUUGGUGUUGGUCGAGUUGUUGCUGUGACCUUGGAAGGGCUUGAAAUGUUGGGGUUAUGGAGAUCAUCACUCAGCUCCACCAAGGUCGCGAGGAGAAUCCUCCCUGUUCUGGGUGUAUUCAGGGCUUAUCGCUCCACAAGCGAUUCUGUGGGUCUCGGAGUUCGUUUGCAGGAUAGUGAUUUUACUGGUGCAAAAUCGAACAUUGCUCGGUCUACUUGGCUGAUGACGAAGCUCGGUAAGGAAGGGAGGAUUUUGGAAGCACGCAAGGUGUUCGAUGAAAUGGGUGUAAGAGACGAGAUAGCGUGGACCACUCUGAUAUCUGCUUAUAUCAAGUGCGGGUUGAUUGAAGAGGCACGCGAGCUGUUUGAUAGGGCGGAUGCCAAGAGAAAUGUGGUGACUUGGACUGCCAUGCUCGGGGGAUAUGUGAAGUUGGGUAGAAUACGUGAAGCGGAGACUUUGUUUGAUGAAAUGCCCCAUAGAAAUGCUGUCUCGUGGAACACCAUGAUUGACGGGUACGCACAAAAUGAUCAAGUUGACUCGGCGUUGAAGUUGUUUGAGAGCAUGCCCGGCAGGAAUGUGGUUUCAUGGAAUACGAUUAUCACUGCUUUGGCACAGCGUGGGAGGAUCGAGGAGGCAAAGGCGCUUUUUAAUCAGAUGCCUAGAAGGGAUGUAAUUUCCUGGACGGCGAUGGUGGCAGGUUUGUCUAAAAGUGGGAUGAUCGAUGAGGCAAGAGAGUUGUUCGAUAGAAUGCCAGAACGUAAUAUUGUCUCAUGGAACGCAAUGAUCACUGGUUAUGCACAGAAUAAAAGGUCAAGGGAGGCUCUUAAUUUGUUUGAGAGAAUGCCAGAGAGGGACGUGCCAUCGUGGAAUACGAUGAUCACAGGGCUUAUUCACAAUGGAGACAUAGAGAUGGCCAGGGAUUUGUUCAAUGAGAUGCCCCAGAGGAAUGUUGUCUCUUGGACUACCAUGAUCACUGGGUAUGUUCAGGAUGGGCAAAAUGAAGAAGCGCUAAAAAUAUUUUUGAAAAUGAAGGGUGAUGAUGAGAUAAAUCCGAAUCAAGCAACCUUUGUGAGCGUUUUGGGCGCUUGCAGUGACUCAGCAGGUCUUGGGGAAGGAAAGCAAGUUCAUCAGGUAAUUUGUAAAACACCAUAUCAUGAUAAUACGUUUGUGGCAUCGGCUCUCAUAAACAUGUACUCAAAAUGUGGGGAGUUAGUCACUGCAAGGAAGAUGUUUGAUGAUGGUUUGUGGAGCCAAAGGGAUUUAAUAUCAUGGAAUUGUAUGGUUGCAGCUUAUGCUCAUCAUGGAUGUGGAAGAGAGGCGAUCACUUUGUUCAACCAAAUGAUAGAAUUAGGUUUUAAACCCGAUGACUCCACCUUUGUGGGGUUGCUCUCCGCAUGUAGCCAUGCUGGUUUAGUGGAGGAGGGCCUAGAGUACUUCAGCAGACUUGUGCAGGACAAAUCCGUGCAGUUGAAAGAAGAUCACUUUGCAUGUUUGAUUGAUCUGUGCGGUCGAGCUGGUAGGCUGGAGGAAGCUUUUAAUUGGAUUGAGCAGGUUGUGGAUAAGCCAUCUGCAUGUCUUUGGGGAGCCCUUCUAGCGGGAUGCAACUAUCACGGGAACGCGGAAAUUGGCAAGGUGGCUGCAGAGAAGCUUUUUGAGUUGGAACCAGAAAAUGCUGGCACAUAUUUGUUGUUGUCUAACAUAUAUGCAUCGACGGGGAAAUGGAGAGACGCUGCAAGAGUGAGGUUGGAAAUGAAGGAGGAGGGAUUAAAGAAACAGCCAGGUUGUAGUUGGAUUGAGGUGGGGAAUAUGUUUCAUGUGUUCGUUGUUGCCGACAAGUCUCAUUGUCAAAAGGAGCUUAUCUAUUCUCUGCUCCUCGAUCUUCACUUGAAAAUGAAAAUGAAGAGGUCUAGUUCUGUACAAAAAGAUGUUGAUUUAGCGGAUGAGGACGUUUUGGUAGCGUGAAAGUCAUGAUAUUUGCCUUCUCUGUCCAA